AAAGUUUUGGAGUUCUGUAAACGGAAAAAAAAGGAACACCGCAAAAUGUUUGCACUGUGAAUGCUUGAGAGCAGUCAUGGAAUGAGCAAAAACAGUUAAUUUUAUUUUCUACAUUGUUUGCGUUUUUCUCAGUGCUUUACUUUUUGUUUCGAAAUCUGAUAAAUUUUGUCAAAUUUCUUUAUUAGUCAAAAAUCACGGAGAAAUUCGUCUUGCCAAAAUCUUACCAUCUUUUCUAAUUUGUGGCAAGCAAUAGUUCAAAUUUUAAGAAGCAUGGAAGAUUUCUGAAAUUUGGUCUCAAUCGAGGUGAAAACACAAUGUUAUUGAAUUUAUAACGUAUUUUUUGGCUAAAUAGUUUUUCUUUAUUCUGAGGAGUUGUACCGUGUGGUAGAAAAUGCACUUAUGAAACGAAUAUUUUCGUAGGAAGAAAUGUUGCAGUCUUUGCAUUAAAUUGCUUAAAAUCCUUGCUCAAAAUACACUGUACUGAAAAUUUAGGGUUUCUCAUUGUAUUUUACGCUUGCAACGAUGGCACCUUCUAAGCGUCUUAGUGAUGGAGGCACACCUGGUCAACAGCGUUCGAUCUCAUCUUUUUUCUCUCCCGGUAAACCCUCGACGCCUGCAAAUGUAAAAUCACAGCGGCCCAUUUCGUCAUAUUUUUCGCUGGGGCCUAAUUCCACACCCGAGAGUAUUAAGAAACCUGUUUUGUGCAUUGGUCCUUCGAAGACUCCAUCGAAACCUACAGUAGAAAUUCCUUCAGAAUUGCCUUCCAAAAGACCUCAACCUGAAAACACACCAGUCGAGGAGCCUUCUUUUGCUAAAGUGAAAAGACGACGUGUUAGUGCCGAGGCUGCUUUUGAGUCUCCGUGCGAUGGAACCUCAAAACAUAACCCCAAAACCCCAAACCUUGACCAUGAAACCUUGAAUCUAAUUCCUAAUAGUUCAGACUCCAGGCCUGAUGCUCUAAUAGGAAAGAAGCUCAAGGUGUACUGGCCCAUGGAUGAUGCCUGGUACGAAGGGUGUCUAAAGUCUUACGAUCAGGCUUCAGGAAGGCAUGUUGUUUUAUAUGACGACGGCGAGGAGGAACAUGUUGUGCUUGCUGAGGAGAAAGUCGAAUGGUUGGAGAAUGAUAGUAAAAUAACUCCUGCUCCACAUCGGUUUCGUCGGUUAAGGAAACUAGGUGAGAAGGAUUCCAAGAACGGAAAUGCUUCGAGUCCUGUGGAUGGUGAUGUGGAACUUGUUUCAGAGUUCAAAAUGGAAGUGGAGUCCCCAAGUUGUGAUAGGAUUAAAGGUGCAUCUGUCCAGCGGAAAGUUCAGUUUAGUGGUGAAGACGAAGAAAGUGAAGGGGAUUAUGAUUCUGAUGAAGAUUGGGGCAAAAAUGCAAAGAAUGUUGACAGUACUGAUGACAGUGACAGUGAAGAGAACGGAGAACUUGAAAAGGAGGAGGUGCAACAGAGGCGGAAGGGAGCUAAAAAAAAUACAACACAAACAGCUCGUGGCAAAAAUAAAAAUAUAACAAAAGCAAAAGGUGUGUCAAAAUUGGAUAAUAUUUGCCCUUCAUCGGAAUGGAAAGUCAAAAUGCCUUCUGUAUUGCUCGGUUCCAAGCAGGGAAAUAAAAGUGGGAUGAAGCCUUUCGGGCAGGAUGAUGGCGGAGGUCUUCCUCAAAAGCCGGAGGCUUUGCAAGAUAAGAUAUUUGGGGAUGAGAUUCCGAUUACUCUUACUGGAGAAAUUGCAGAACGUUUCAAUAAUCGGACAAAAAAGUUCAAAUUCCUUUUUGAGGGUCGCAGGGAUGCAAAUGGAAAAAAACCUGAGGAUCCAGAGUAUGAUCCAAGAACGCUGUACUUACCCAAAGACUUUUUGAAGGGUCUAACAGGUGGGCAGCGACAAUGGUGGGAGUUCAAGUCCCAGCAUAUGGACAAGGUUCUGUUCUUCAAGAUGGGCAAAUUUUAUGAGCUAUUUGAGAUGGAUGCACAUAUCGGAGCUUUGGAACUUGAUUUGCAAUAUAUGAAGGGAGGGCAGCCUCACUGCGGAUUUCCUGAAAAGAACUUCACUGACAAUGUGGAGAAACUAGCUCAGAAGGGCUAUCGUGUGCUUGUUGUGGAACAAACUGAAACACCAGAUCAACUUGAGCAAAGAAGGAAAGAAACAGGAAGCAAGGAAAAGGUUGUAAAACGAGAGAUAUGUGCAGUAAUUACAAAAGGAACAAUGACUGAGGGUGGGAUGCUAGCAACAUGUCCUGAUGCUAAUUACAUGAUGUCAAUAACUGAAAGAAUUCAACUUUCUGGAAUUGAGAAUCAUGCUGCUUCUGUUAUAGGUGUGUGUGUUGCAGAUGCUUCAACCAGUAGAUUUAUACUGGGUCAGUUUACAGAUGAUUCAACAAGGAGUCGGUUAUGUUCAUUACUCUCUGAGAUAAGACCAGUGGAACUUAUCAAGCCUCGUGGCAUGCUUUUUGAUGAAACAGAAAGGGUCUUGAGGGACUGCACAAGGAAACCUCUGAUCAAUAAUUUAGCUCCUGGUAGAGAGUUUUGGGAUGCUCAAACGUCUCUUUUUGAGAUUAAAAAACUCUAUAAAUUGUUUUGUGAUAGGUCAAAAUCAAGUAGUGUAACCACUGACAAAGCUAAAUACAAUUCUAGUUCUAGUACUGAACAUAACACCGAAAUAGAGAAUCUACCUGAUGUGAUUUGCCAAGUAGUAAGGGCAGGGGAAAAUGGGGAGCUUGCUCUUUCUGCAUUUGGAGGUUGUCUCUUUUAUUUGAGACAGGUUUUGUUGGAUCAGAGUUUGCUCAGUUUUGGCAAACUUGAGACUAUGCCUUGUUCAGAUUUUGCAACUACUCAGCUUACAACUGGUGAAAGCAAACAAGAUUGUCAUCUCCGAGGUACUUCUCUUGUUGAACCAUACAUGGUUCUUGAUGCAGCUGCCUUGGAGAAUCUUGAGAUCCUGGAGAACAACAAAGAUGGUAGCAGCUUGGGGACACUUUUUACACAAGUAGAUCACUGUAUAACAGCAUUUGGUAAAAGGUUACUAAGGAGAUGGCUAGUGAGACCUUUGAAAAGUGUGGAGUCAAUUUUGGAACGCCAAAAUGCUAUAGCAGAAAUAAAGGGUGCUGCCACAGAUUCUGCAGUUAAUUUUCGAAAAGAAUUGGCUAGGCUGCCUGAUAUGGAGCGAUUGCUUGCACGCCUCUAUGCAAGCAGUGAGGCUGCUGGGAGAAAUGCCAACAAAGUAGUUCUUUAUGAAGAUGCAGCAAAAAAGAAACUUCAAGAAUUUAUUGCUGCUCUUCGUGGAUGCCAAUCAAUGGUACAAGCUUGUGUAUCUUUCAAGGCAACUAUGAAGGAGAUGAAAUCCACUUUGUUGCAGCAUAACUUGACUCCAGGAAGAGGUCUACCUGAUGUGAAGCCAAUUAUGAAGCAAUUUGUAACUGCUUUUGAUUGGUCAGAAGCAGAGAAAACUGGCCGAAUUCUGCCCUGUGAGGGUGUGGAUAAGGAUUAUGAUAUGGCUAAUCAAAGAGUGAGAGAAAUUGAAACAGGUUUUGCAAAACAUUUGGAAAUGCAACAGAUGCUGUUUGGAAGUGAUGCCAUGCAGAUUACUUAUGUUACUGUGGGGAAAGAACAAUACCAAAUAGAGAUACCUGAAAGUAUGCUGGCAAAAGUGCCUCAAGAGUAUGAGGCUCGGUCAUCAAGAAAGGGAUACCGUAGGUUCUGGACGCCAAAGAUAAAAGAGCUAUUGCAAGAACUUUCUGAUGCACAAAUUCAAAGAGAGGCAUCCUUGAGGGGCAUAUUACAAGGUUUAGUUAGACAAUUUUGUGAACAUCAUCACGUUUGGCGAUGCAUUGUUAAUUUGGUUGCAGAGAUGGAUGUAUUGAUAAGUUUAGCAUUUGCAAGUGAUUAUUUUGAUGGACCUACAUGUAGACCAACUGUCAGAUAUGCUAACAAGUUCUCAUCUGAUGAAGUUGAAGCCCCUUUUAUCUAUGCUAAAGGAUUGCGACAUCCAAUUUUAGCCGGUUUAGCUGCCAGUGGAUCCUUUGUCCCAAAUGAUGUCAAUAUUGGUGGCCUUAAAAAUUCUAGUUUUAUGCUUCUAACAGGACCAAAUAUGGGUGGAAAAUCAACUCUUCUUCGGCAAGUGUGCUUGGCAAUUAUUUUGGCCCAGCUUGGGGCAGAUGUCCCUGCUGAAGAAUUUCAACUUUCGCCAGUUGAUCGUGUAUUUGUUCGUAUGGGAGCAAGGGAUCACAUCAUGGCUGCUCAAAGUACUUUCCUUGUUGAACUCUCAGAGACUGCGAGUAUGCUGUCAUCUGCAACGAGAGAUUCAUUUGUGGCAUUGGAUGAACUUGGACGCGGAACUGCAACUUCUGAUGGUCAGGCUAUUGCACAUGCAGUGCUGGAGCAUUUGUCACAUAGGAUUGGAUGCCGUGGCAUGUUUUCUACUCACUAUCAUCACCUAGCCACGGAUUAUCAAAAUGAUCCAACUGUUGGUCUGUACCACAUGGGUUGUAAAGUUGGAACGCGAGUUGGGGGUGCAGAAGAGGUGACAUUUUUGUACAAAAUCACUCCGGGUGCAUGUCCAAAGAGUUAUGGGGUGAAUGUAGCCCGACUUGCAGGAAUGCCAGACACGAUACUUGAAAGAGCUGUGAAACAAUCUGCAGAUUUUGAGAGGCAGUAUGGGCAGAGGACAAUUGGACGUGAUGCUAGGCCUUUGACCUCUAUUAUUUGCAAGGAGGGAAUGCUGUUGGAAGAGGUUAUAAAUGUUAUAAAUAAUAUCCAUAGUUCACAAAUUGCAACAGCUACCAAGAUGAAUAAUCUGGUUGGAGUGUGGCAAAAAUUAGUGCCAUUUGCUGCAAAAGAUUAUGUUCACACCAAGUCAUCGUCAGGAGCAUCUCUGUUUGAUGAUCAUUCUCUUUGUAGCACAAUUCCAAUAGAAAUGUAAUUAUAAUGUUUAAUAAUCCAUGUAGUUGUCAUGAAAAGGAUGGUUGCUAGGUUUUUUGCGCACACUAGUUAUCAUGGAACCAGGACCGUCGGUAUAUAUUUUUCUCCAUAGAAUUUGUUGGUGCGAAAAUUGUCUACAACUGUUUGGCAUGCUAGCUCAUUUUUGAAGAAUGUUCUGCAGUGUGGUGGGAUGCCAAUUUCAAUGGAAAGUUUUAUAUGGUGCAGCAUGAUGCAGCUUGUCACAGUGGAAUGAUUUUUCUUUCUAGGACCUAUGUAAAUCAUGCAAUGCAAUGUAAAUUCUCUGGUGCAAUUUUUCAUCUAGUAUUACUUGUGUUAAGCUCUUGCUGUGUUAUCAUUAGCUCGCCAUCCUCAUUGACAGGCCUUCAGUCAUCUUGAUAAAUGAUUAUUUUUGCAAAGUACAAUAAGAUCGUGCAUAUGUUAUGUACCUUUAGUGA